AUGCUCUGUAUUCUGUGUCAAAAUAUCCAAUUCAAGCUAUACCUCGACUUGACAAGGGAAGAGAAGUUCUACCUCUUAUCAUUUUGCGACGAAUGGCAAUUUGAUAAUCCAGAUGAUUACAGCGAGGAUGCAGUUUUGAAUACUGACUUAGGGCUUGUUGGAGGUCCCCAUGAAUCUUUUUACUUUCACCAUCGCAAUUUGGGAUCACUGCAAAAAGCAGCAGAUGACGGUUGCAAUUUCUGUUAUCAAAUAUUCUAUGGACUACUUGGAACCACCACAGAGGUCAAUCACAGUAUCGCGAGUAGCUCCGAGAGAUUGUACCUUUUUCUUCAAGCACCCGAUUUUUGCGCACCAGAAAGUGAACAUCUUUAUAUUGGAGAUCUCGGAGUGCGCUUCGGAAAGGAGUCUCUAGGCCAUCUGAGAUUGAAGAAUCUAAAUGACCUUGGGGACAGGGAAAACUCACAAAAUAUUUCUAUCUCUGUUGGCGAAGACCGGGUCGGAUCAUAUGCUGCGCUUAGCUACUGCUGGGGCAAAGCUGGAAGCCGAAAUUACCUCACAACAAAGGACAAUCUUGAGAUGCGGCAAAAAGCUGUGGAUGUAUCAACUUUCCCAAAGACUUUCAACGAUGCCAUAGUCGUCUGCCGGUACCUCGACAUUCGAUUCCUCUGGAUCGAUUCGCUGUGUAUUGUUCAAGACAGUAAGAGUGACUGGCAGACGCAAUCUCAACGAAUGGGAGAUAUUUAUUCCAAUGCUGCGUUGACUAUAUCUGCUGCAGUUGGAGAAGACAGCCAUGCUGGACUCUUUGUUGAUCGAGAUGCCCGAAAAACAUAUCCUUGUACGCUAGACGUUCAAUACCCCAAGGAAGAUGGAGUCAUCAGAAAGGGAGCGUUCCUUAUAUGUCGUGAUUGGUACAUGCCUGAGCCUGUGUACUUGGACACGCGUGGCUGGACAUUUCAAGAGAAAUACUUGUCAACACGGACUCUUAGCUUUUCGAAAACGGAAAUAUACUGGAACUGUGCUUCCAAAACUGCAUCUGAAGGCUUACCAAUGGGCUUGGUUCCUUUGAACAACAAGUCAGACUUCGACAGGUAUAUAAAGGUGGACGCAAAGGGGAACUUCUCAACCCGGGUUCACAUGAGGCAACGAUUCCAUUGGUGGUAUCAAACUAUGGAGAUAUACAGCUACCGCAUAUUCACACACGAAUCUGACAGGCUAAUAGCUUUAGCUGGAUUAGCCUCGAAAUUUAAAACGUCAGGCGAUUCGUUUUUAUAUGGUCUAUGGAAAUCAGACUUGGCCCACGGAUUAGCUUGGAGGCUCAGUGCUGACAAUAAAGAAACUGGCACAGACAUCAGCCUAACAUCGCCAAUACCGUCGUGGUCGUGGGCAUCUCGCCCGGGCAAAAUUAUCACGUACUAUGACUCUUACUACGGGAACGACGGGACUCUAAUGGAAUGCAAUAAAUCCAUAACCUCAAUUGGCGUCAGUGGAGACAGUCUCUUAACCACCCCUUUCGAAGUUUUAAAUGCGGAUCCUAUGCCUCUAGCUACACAUCUGGCUGCUUCAUCCACACGUCCAUCUUUGAAGCUACGAGGUCUAGUCCGAAGAAUCAUUCCAGCAAAAAGUUGUGCGGCGUACAAUGAGAACGUUUUCCAGGCUAAUCAGUCCUUUGCCUUGUUCCGAUACGCUUUCUCAUCAAAAAACCGGACAUGCAAACAGUUCCUUGCGUUUGCAUUCUACGACGAGGCAGUAACGAAGGGUGACAAUCUCUAUUGUCUGCCGCUUAUCCCCUCACCUUCGUCCGAGCAUAAGGAUGCCAGAAGAUUCAGUUGCUUACUAUUAAAGAAAGUUGACGCAGGAGUAAAGUUUCGAAGGGUUGGAUAUCUAGAUCGUAGUGUCUGCUCCUUCGAUGGGGUGUCGCCUACUAUCCUUGAGAUUAUAUAA